GCUUCAGACAACUUGAAACCACUACAAACACACUAGAUGAGGUUUGACAUUGUCAAUGACGAGAGAAAGCAAACCUAAAAGAACAACCAACAAAAAACGUACACAAGGAUGACAAAAAGAUACAAAGAAAUGCUGAGGAACAACACAGGUUGAAAGAACCUAUGAUCAAUGAAAGGGAAGAUAAAAAAGGUACAAGAAAAGAAAAAGCAAGCAAAAAUGAUCAUCUGUUAUCUUGCUGUUUCUCUCCUACUGUUAUCGCUUAGUGUCAGCGGCACCAGAAAUGGGUCUGAGAUGAAUUGUCGUUCAUUGAUCAGAGUGCCACGAAACACAGUGUUUCUAGCUCCUGUUAUGAGCGUGUUGAAGAUAAACUGUUCUGUAACUCUACAUGGAUGUCAAAGGAAACCAAGAGUCUCAUGGUGCAAACUCUUUGGAGAUGACUGUAAAGCUUUAAAUUAUUCAAAUUACAUCAGAACUGAGUGGAAGAACAUCACAGAACAGGAAUGGAUGGCUUUCCUGGUUUUCCUGAACAUCUCAAUGGAGGAUACAGGUUUCUACAGAUGUAAAGAAGGCGACAUGUCUAUAGGCCAUACUAUUAAUGUGACUGUGACAGAUAAUAAGGUGGAUAAGGUUUCACGCAAUCAAAGCAAUACAAGUAAUUUAGGUCCAACUGAUGAUCUAGAGUGGCUCUGGUCAUUUGUGUACAUCUGCAGUGGAAUAGCCGGGCUGGUGGUGACAGUUAUUAUUGUAACAUUGUUAAUCAUCAGAUGCCAAGAGAGAAAAUCAACAAGAUUUAAAAAUAAGUACAUGGAAACACACAUAAGUGAUCUGCCUCCUCUUCCUCAUCCCAAUACCCGUUCCCCUUCUGAUCAGCUGAUCUCUGCUUCAUAUCGUGGCUGUGAAACUCCAACCAUCAGAGGAUCAUCAUUAACUGGAAGAGUUUCAGAUGGUAGACACAAAACUGUUGGCACAGAAAGAGGAGAAGAAGAGAAUGCUCUGGUUUAUGCUUCUUUGAAUCACCAGGCUACUUCAAGAGGGCCUAAAAGAACAGCACAAUAUGAACCAGAACCUUCAGAAUACGCCGCAAUUCGGUUCCAAUGAUUCAGUUAAUCAUUUAUUGGACGAUUUUAUAAUAAUACUGAGAAAUUAUCAGUGAUAAAUGGUCGCUUGUUUGCUAUUCUUUAUUUAGAAAUACGCUCUAUGAUGAGCAAGAGUCCAAGCAUUUGGAAAACUCUUUUUCUGGGUUGCAUAAUGCAACUGGUUGCUGAUUUCUCAAAGAUCCAGCAUUCUCAAAUGUAAAAAUGUUCUGCCCUACUGAAAAAAAAGAAGUAAUAAAAUCAAAUAAUAAAUCAUUUUUGGCAAUGAUGUUGUAACUUGUGGAAGAUAAACCCCACAACAAAUUACAACAGCUUCUACAAUGGAUGAUCCUAUGUAUGUAAUAUGCUUUUUUA